UUCAACCUGUAUUCUUAUGGACUGCUUAGUGGUCACCUGGAAGGCCUACAUUUCUAAGUAAGCAUGUAGAAGAGUACAAAUGCUACACAAGCUGCGAUGGUGACAAUUCUUUUGAAUGAUGCUGAAGUAUCUUCUGUGGUCACUCAACCCUGACACCCUGACAGGUAGCUACGAAGAGGAGUUCUUCUGUAUUGGAAAGAGUGACACAGGGCCUGAGUUAGAAUACUUCAUUUCAUCCUGAGGAGUACUGAAUAUGUCACCGACCACACAGUAGGAUAUUUAAAUACGACAACCAUGACCAUCCUGGAGUGGGCUUCUGAUAGCAGACUUCGGUGAUCAACCUAAACCAACAUUCGGAAGGAAGCCUUCUACUGACUCGCCCAGACUCUCUGACCUCCGGGUGCUGUCGCCGCCCCUCUGAUAUAAAAACAUCCUCUCACACCGUCUGAGAGCACAAUUGACGAGGAUUUAUAAUCUACGCUUUUGGCAAGAAGAACCAUCCCAUGAUAGAAUUCUGACCUGGAAAACGGUCCCUGAAGUGUCAGUGAUAUGAUCUCCAGAAGAGAUGAAGGCAGAGGCGGUGCUGUGUUUCUUCCUCACUCUUAUACCAGCUCCGUGUGGGUCUCAAGCUUCCUUCAGUCAUGUUAGUGUGAAUGAGCAAAUCGUCACUGGAAGACUACGUGAAGACGUAAUUCUCCCUUGCUCAUUUGAGAGUGGGCCUAAUGUUAUAAUUCACUGGAAGAAUCGAGAUACCAACAUUUACUCAUACUACCAAGACCGCGACCAGUUGGAAACGCAAGAUCCCAGAUAUGUAAACAGGCUAUCCCUCUUCCCUGGUGAGAUUUACAAUGGGAAUGCCUCCCUGUGUUUCAGAAGAUUAACCAUUUAUGAUGAAGGAAUUUACAUAUGCUAUGUGGAAACAUCCCUUGGAACAAUCACAAAGAGAGUAGUCCUACAAGUGGUAGAUUUUGUCACACCUGUGAUGGAGUAUGAAAAGAAAACCACCAACAGCUUCUUAAUAUGCACUGUGUUCAGUGUUUUUCCUUAUCCAAAUAUCAAAUGGAAAGUAGAUAAUAAUACAACUAUCUCUGACAAAAAAGAAAGGAAAGAAGAUGAUCCUUUCGGUCCUUUUCAUGUAAACAGCAGAGUAAAUAUUACAGGAUCAAAUUCAUCUUAUCAAUGUACAAUUGAAAAUCCACUGCUGAAGCAAACAUGGACAGGGAGAUGGACAAUGAAAGAUGUUCUUCAUAAAAUGGAAAGUGAAAACGUUUUACUCUCAUGUAAACCUGAAAACAAUUUUUCCCCACCAAAUCAAGACUUCACAGUCACUUGGUCCAGAGUGGAAAAUGGGAGUUCCUUGCUCCUGGCUUGCUUUAAGAACUCCUCACAAGAAACACUUAUCAGUCAACCUCAAAUUUCAUGGAAAGAAGAGCCGAUAAACUCACGUGACUUCUCUUUAACUCUGAAGGAUCUUCGUCUUUCAGACAGUGGGGAGUAUUUGUGCAAUAUUACAUCAAACGAAAGUACCUCACUCACCAUGCAAACACUGCAUGUAGCAAGCCGAAGAACACCUGCUGGGAUGAUUGUCCCAGCUCUGGUGGCUGUGGUGUUGGCAGUUUUGUUGCUGUCGGUGGCCACUCGAGCUGUUAGAUCAAGAAGGUGCAUCGGUUUCCACAGAGAAAGGCAUCUACCUACUAAUCUGAACUCUAGCAGUGCCGGUACUUCAGAAGAAAACGUGCCUCUUUCAGAACAUCUGCCCAAUACAUGAAGUGAAGACAGAAGUUCACAACACAACACAACCCUCCGUAAUAUCCUAUGAGCUCACCUCCCCUUUCUUCACUGUGAUUCCAGCAAUGGUCUGUCGAGACCUGACAAUUCUACCAUUGCAAAAACCUGUGAUACUAGAAAGAGAAUAGUCACAUUCUCGCUUCAGAAACUAAGAGUCAUUCUUGGGGCCCCCCACCUGCAUCAAGAUUAUAAAUGCCUGGAUACCAAGGAUUCCAAUUCAGCUUGGAUAUAAGAACUCUCUCAUUUAUUUACAUUCCUGCUGCAACCAGCCCAGGAGGUUACAGUGAAGUUUCCGCCAAGAACUCAGAAGAAACAAAUCACUAAGAGAUGAUUCAAAAUCUGAUCAACUAAUGAUGGGUGAGUGGUAGAAGCAAAAAUCAUCUUAGUGAAAAGGUAAAAAACCACAGCCAAGAAAACAAAGCAAUUGAUAUGCUAAAGUAUUGUACUCUAGUUUUAUAUGAACGGUUAAUAUCAGCCUAAUCUACUAGAUUUAGUAUGGUGAAUCUUAGGGACCCCAAAGAGUAAGAAUGUCAGUGUCUCUAAGACAAUCCAAGGUGCAAAAGGCCCUAUCAACGCAAGAAUUGACAUCCCUGGGGUGGGGUUGUACUAUCUGACACCAGGCUUUCAUAGCUGAGUGACCCGGUUAUUAAGAUAAUUUAAUUUAAUCUUUGGCUCAGUUGUCAUAUUGUUAAUCAGAUUUCUAAUAAACUUAAAUUUUCAUAUACAUUUUUAUGCAAGGACAGAAUGAAUACCUCAGUUGAUUGGAUGAUCUGUUCUCCUUAAUUUGAUUAUCAAGGUGUAAAAAAGGAAGCCUAACUAGGACUUUUAUGACAAUCAAAUUUUCUUCCCUGCUGGCUCAGCUGGUAAAGAAUCUGCCUGCAAUGCGGGAGACCUGGGUUUGAUCCCUGGGUUGGGAAGAUCCCCUAGAGAAGGGAAAAGCUACCCACUCC